ACCUGGGUUUACUGGGACUCUUUUGGGUCAUACUUGGACUGAGUUUAUGUUCUAUGUGUUCUGUCAGGUGUUUAAUGAUCCCAUCCACGGGACGGUGGAGUUACACCCACUUCUCAUUAAAAUCAUCGACACACCUCAGUUCCAGAGACUGAGAAACAUCAAGCAGCUUGGAGGGGUCUACUUUGUUUACCCUGGAGCAUCCCACAACCGCUUUGAACACUCCAUUGGGGUGGCGCACUUGGCAGGUCAACUUGUUGAGGCUCUGCGUACAAGGCAGCCGGAACUCAACAUUGAUGACAGAGACGUCCUUUGUGUGAAGAUUGCUGGUCUCUGCCAUGACCUGGGACAUGGACCCUUUUCCCAUCUGUAUGAUAAAAUGUUCAUACCCAAAGUACAACCAGAAAAUGAGUGGAAGCAUGAAGACAACUCUGUAAAGAUGUUUCACCACCUGGUGGAAUCUAAUAAUAAAAAGCUGGAGCUGGAGAUGAAGAAUAAGUAUGGUCUGACUGAUGAUGACUUGAAUUUCAUCAAAAAGUUGAUUGAAGGACUGAAGGACCCUACAGAAGUCCAGUGGUCAAAGAUUGGUCGGACAGAGGACAAAUUCUUCCUGUUUGAAAUCGUGGCCAACAAAAGCAACGGCAUUGAUGUGGACAAGUUUGACUACUUUGCCAGGGACUGCUACCACCUGGGCAUGAAGAACAACUUUGACCAUCUCCGCUUCAUACAGUUUGCCAGAGUGAUUAAAGUGAAAAAAGACGGGCUGAAUCACAUCUGCAGUAGAGACAAGGAGGUGGGCAAUCUGUAUGACAUGUUCUACACCAGGAACUGUCUCCACAGAAGAGCCUACCAGCACAAAGUGAACAAGAUCAUAGAGUAUAUGAUCGCAGAGGCCUUUGUAAAAGCAGACGAGCAUAUCAAGAUUAAAGGCUCAAGAGGGAAAGAGUUCACUCUCUCUACAGCCAUAGAUGACAUGGAGGCCUACACCAAGCUGACAGAUCAUGUGUUUGAACAAAUACUCGAGCUGGAUGAAGCAAAGGUCCCCAACUCUUCUUCCGCGGAUCUGGCUGAGGCAAGGAAGAUACUAGAAAGGAUCAUCUCUCGAGAUCACUACAGGUUUCUGGGUGAAACCAAGCCUAGACAAGUCCCAACCAGGGAGAAGAUUAACGGUUGGAAAGAGGAAUUGGAUCAAGCCAGACAGGAUGAUCAUGAUCUGGAACCAAUACUCAACCCCUUCACUAGGGAGACGGCUGAGGCAUGUCGGAUUCUAUCUGAAGCCAUCUCUGGAACCCUCGACAGCUUCAGACAGCCAGAGAAACCCACAGAGGUGUGA